GAAGCCAGAACGUAGCAAAGACGAGUUUUUAAUUUGCAAAAAAUAAAUAGAAAGUGAGAAUCGCAAUCUACAACUAAGUUGGCCAGGUACUAAACGUGUGGCAACCGUGUGCGUUCGAGACAGUUAAAGUCUGUUUCUUUCAAACAGUUUGCGAUAAAUCUGCAGCCUUAAAGAGAAAAAAUGAAUAAUAUUUUUAUUGAGGAUAAUGGCAAUAACAAUAUAUCGUACUGCAUACCAGCAAACAACCGCACAUCAAUUUUCACCAGUGCCUAUAAUGGCAUACCGGAGACUCUUAUAUUGAACACGAUCUUUUGGGUUCUAUUCAUUUUGCUAUUCACCACAUUACGUCAUCAAGCUGGCGACUUUGGGCGCUUGGCCCUGGUCAAUAGCAACGGCAGCAAGAAGCGCUGGACGGAAGUAUUUUAUUCGCGUACCUCAAGCGUCGUAGAACCGCAGCCGAGCACAUCGUCUCAGCAAAAUGCCCAGCCGCGGCCAAGUGUUAAUUCAAACAAUUCAGACACAACUCCUCUUUCGCCUAUCCCGGCAGACCAGGGGAUAUUUGGCUGGAUUAAGAUCACUUUCAAGCUACGCAAGGAAACUAUUUUGCUUCACACCGGCCCUGAUGCGGUUCAUUACUUGUCCUUUCAGCAGCAUCUAAUGGCAGUCAUGGCAAUUGUUUGUAUAAUCUCUUUGGUAAUUAUUUUGCCAGUCAACUUUUUGAAUGGGCCGAAGAACACUCCGUAUGAUGUAAAUGCGUUUGGGCGGACAACAAUGGCCAACCUAUUACCGGACUCUGCCUGGCUUUGGGUACACACCAUUAUAACCAUUCUAUACAUACCGCUGGUUGUGUUAAUAAUGCGUCGCUCUUCUGGACGAAAUGCCUUCAAAAAGGCCGCAACACGCACGAUUAUGAUAACAAACAUCUCGCCGAGUGAUCGCAAUAAAACUGUAAUCCGCAACUAUAUGCAGGAGCUGUUUCCGGACGUAACCAUUGAGAGUGUAAGCGUAGCGUACAACAUUUCGCGUUUGUAUGUGAAGAAUGCGGAAUUUGAAAAAGUGCAUGAGGCACGUCUAUACUGCGAACAGCAUCGAGAUCGUGAUACCCUUAUGGCCAAGCCAGAUCUGUGCUCAUGCAAAAAGGAGAAUGCAUUCGAGUACUAUCAGCGUGAGGAGCGCAAGCUAUCUGGCGAUGUGGCUCGUUUGCGAGCUUCUACAAUGAAUGAACCACUGUCUAUAGCUUUUUUAACAGUGUCCACUGUGCAGGAGGCCCAAAAUAUAGUUAGCCAUUUCACGCCCGGCACAUAUCGGCAAUGGAAUCUGGAGUUUGCUCCCUCACCAGAUGAUCUCUUUUGGGAACACUUAAAUGUGAGCAAAAGCCAUUGGUAUCUGAAACUCUUCUGCGUAAACUUUGUGCUGUUCCUCGUACUGUUCUUCCUUACCACACCGGUGAUGGUGGUUAAUCUGCUGGAUAACAUUUCAUGGAUUAAGGGAACAGAGGAAAGAAUUUCGCCCUUAGUCUCGGAAUUCUUGCCUACGUUAAUGCUGUGGACGCUGUCGGCGCUUAUGCCCGUUAUUGUGGCUGUUUCCGACAAGUGGAUGUCACAUUAUACGCGCUCCCAACAGAAUUACUCGAUUAUGGUUAAAUGUUUUGGGUAUCUGCUUCUAAUGAUUUUGAUAUUGCCAUCGCUUGGAUUGACGUCAGCACAGGCGCUUCUGGAAUGGGGCUUUGGAAACGACACUGGACGUUGGCAGUGUAUCUUCUUGCCUGAUCGUGGCUCCUUCUAUGUAAAUUAUGUCAUCACUGCUGGCUUUAUUGGUACCUCCUUGGAACUGCUGCGAUUCCCAGAGUUGAUAGUUUAUAUUUGGGCAUUGGUGACAGCUACAUCUAAGGCAGAGACGCCGUACAUACGCAGAUCCAUAUUGAUUGAGUUCCCCUUCGGCACACACUACGCCUGGACCACCCUGGUUUUUACCAUUUCCAUUGUCUACAGCGUGUUCUGCCCCCUGAUCAUGCCCUUCGCUAUGCUGUACAUAUGCUUUAAGCAUUUUGUGGAUCGGCACAACCUUUACUUUGCUUAUGGACCGUCGAACAUGAUCUCACGCCAUGGUGGCAAGAUUCACUCAACUGCAGUGACAAUGACAAAAUUUAGCGUGGUGAUUUCUGUAUUUUUUAUGUCCAUGAUUUUCUAUUUUCGCGGAGAUGGCAAUGCCCGGGCUAUUCUACUUUUAAUAUCUCUAGCUGUAACCCUAACACUUUUUACGUUCAUGUCUCCCAUUAAACGCUGUGCCUCGACACGACGCCCAAGCAUUGUUGAGAUCGCGGGUCCUGCUCCCGCAUACGUACCCGAUGUUCUCAAAGAUCAUACGAUACGGAGCAGCAGCGGGCGCCCUGCUGCCGGUUUUGGGGGCUAUGGGUCCGACAGCAUUUCUGACUAUGAUAACAGCUCUCAGUAUAGUGUCAACAGUGUAGAGGCAUAAGCGAAAUUUUGUGUGCUGGUCUAAUAUUAGGCUAAAUAGUGUCUGAAAAGUAUUUGGCAGUUUUUGAACUGCAAGCAAUCGAAGAAUUAAAUGUAUUUUCUCAGAGUUGUAUAUGCCGCUGAGAACUUUGAAGUUAUAACUUUAACUGAUAUCUGAACGCUCUUGUUUGAAGAGAGAUAAAGAGAGACAAAUUGUGAUACCCGGCAACCUUUUCCGUGCGCCACAUUUCCUUCUUGCUUUACAUCAUAAUUCCCGCCCUUAUUAACUAAACAAAUGUAUUAACCUAAUUUCUUUAAUUGUAAAUAAUCGUAAUUCUUUAUUGUAUAUAACUAAGUAUAAACACGUGGAUAUACAACUAUGCUUCAAUCCAAUGCACUUACGCUCGAUACUAGGUUAUGUAGUAAAGUAAAAACACACAGUGCAUUAUUAUACACAUAAUUUUUUAUUCAUCAGAAAUAAAAACGAUUUUAUUUAUGCGUA